ACUUGUCGACGGCGUCUGCUUUUGUUUACCGAUUUACUUUUGUCUGUUUUGAGUUCGUUUUGGGUUGGGGACAUCUUCCUUAUGUGUUUACGGAGUUUUGUGCUCAUCUGUGAUGGUUUCUUUGGUGUGACAGUCUAACUAACUACAACCAAAAGUUUUGCCGCCGACUGACGGCUUUGGUUGUGUCGAAAUCCUUGAGGAAGAGGAAUCUGCUCGGAUAUGUCGCCGACAAAUAUCUUGUCCGAGACGGAUAAACCCGAACAUGAGCAGACUCUCCUGUCGCUGCCCGACGUUCCUCUCUUGAAGGUGCUCGCCUACCUCCGUCUCCAGGACCUGGGCGCCGCCGGGCUGGCGACCCCGCGGCUGGGCGCGCUCACCAGGACGCACUCGUCGCUGUGGAGAAGGCCGGGGAAGGACAAGUUUGAGAGCGUCGAGAGGGUGGCGGACCUGUUGCCGGUCGCACCGCCCACGGACAGGUUGAAGCUCGAUGUGGAUUGUUACGUCCAGGGCGUCGGCGCGUCGUUCGAGGGCUGUGACAGUGAGUUGGUGGUGCAGGUCCCCGCCGCGGAGGACGCGGCCAGACUCAUCCCGAAGCUCGCGCCGAGUCUCAGGCAUCUUAACAUCUUUGGUCUGGAGAUCGACGAGCUUUUCCACAACUUGAAAGCCGCCCGGCGUAUAGAGACGCUGCGCGCCAAUGUCUUGGUAUCAGAAGAGAAUAGCAAGCUGCUGUGGCCGAAGGGGCUGGUGCUGGCCAGUCUGCACACGCUGGAGCUGGAGUGCGACGAGGACGAGCCGGGGGAGGCUACGCUGCGGGCUCUUCGCUCCAUGCUGCGGGCGCUCAGUGGUCUGCGCUCCCUGAAGCUGACCUCCGCAGAACUGCUGCCGAUCCUGGACGCCUGCCCCAGCGGUCUGCGCCGCCUCGACGUCAAGGCGGGCGAGGGCGUGGCGAAGGCGCUGAGGCGCUUGCGAGGUCAACUGAGGGAGCUCAGGAUCAAAAUGACAUGGCCAUGGCCCCACAAGGAAGAGGUGGACGAUCUCCUCAAGUCCUGGUCAGGGCCCCUCGAACGCCUCGAGCUCAUCGGGGUCACCGACUCGCCACUGAGGCUGGACGGGCUCCCCAACCUCCAGGAUCUCGUUCUUCACUACUUUUCCCAUUUCCCUCACGGCUACUGCCUGGCGCCGACGCUGGCGGGCCUGACCCGCCUGCGCUCGCUCGCCCUCCUCAGCGCGCCGGCGCCUGCCGUGCUCCACGACAUCUCCUGCGACGUCAUCCCCGCUCUCGAGCUGCUCGUCGUCGGGGGCAUCGGCGGCUGCGGUCGCUCGCCCUGCCAUAGCGAAGACUGCCCGUUUGCCGCGAAGCAGGACCCGGUGCAGCUGCUCGAGGCCCUGGUGCGGCGCGCGCCCCAGCCGCUGCACGCCGUGUCCCGGCUGGACUGCAACACCUGGUCCGGGCCGAGGCUCGGCUGGCGCGUGAUGUUCGCCCACCCCGAGGGCCCUCCCGGGACCGAGGCCGAGACGGACUGCCGGCUGUGCAGGCAGGCUGCCGAGGCCGCGCGCUUCUACAGCCCUCCGCACAGGCCGAUUCAAGUGCGGGGCGUCCAAGUUCGGUAGCAAAAGACAAGUAACAGGUGGAGGUCAAGUGUAACAUUAAUGCUCAAUGUGCGAACAUUAAUUUAAAGAGGUCUUUUCACAGUGCCAACAAAUGUGAUUAACUUGACUGUUUAGGUUGUAUAGUGGAGCAAGUGUCUUGCAUGUGUCACACACUGAGCCGUUCAGGUGAGAACGGAAACUGUACCCAUCUGAUUAAAUAUCACUGCCUUUGUGAGCCAAGCUGCUCCCAGAGGUUUCUUUUU